AUGUUAAGCAAACAUUCAAUAAUAUAUAAAAGAGCCAUUGCUAUCAAUAGAAAUCUUUCAACCAGCCCAAUAGUAAGGUUUCAGAAUAAGAAUAAUUUCUUGAAUCAACUUCAAGAUAAUGAGAUAAGUGCACCAUCUAAAUUAGCUCAGGAAUCAACAUUGCCAAAAGCUCCACAAGUUUCAGAUUCUAAGAAACCACCACGUCAACCUACCGCUAAAUCACCCUUCAAAUCUUCUAAUAAAAUUGAAAAUGACCCAAACUUUCAAAUGGUUCAAUGGAAACAAAAUAUUGGUCAGUGGAUUGUCAAGGUUUUCAAGAUAGAUAUGGAUCGUUCUAGAGCAGGACCUGUUGCUGGAUCCGAAUAUUUUGGGGAAUGUAAGAGACAGGGGAUGCACUAUCCCAACGAGCCUCUCUCCGAAACUGCUAAGUUUUAUUACGAGACAUUGAACUUACCUCAAUCAUUCGCACAACACUUUCAAAUUACUGCAUUACAUUAUUGGAUUUUGUCGGUAAGAAUGAGAGCGAUGCCUUUUAAAUAUGGAAGAAAUUAUCAACAGAAAUUGGUAGAUAGAAUCUUUAGAGACAUGGAAUUGAGAAUGGCUGAAGAAUUAAAAAUUAACUCCAAUAGAAUUAUCGAAGGAUAUUUGAAAGAUUUCCAUACUCAAUUAUUAGGUUCAGUGUUGUCUUAUGACGAAGGUUUGAUGACAGACGAUAUCACCCUAGCAAGCGCAUUAUGGAGAAACGUCUUUAACGGCAAUCCAAACGCAGAUAUGAGACAUAUUGAAGCAUUACUCGAAUAUGUCAGAUCUCAGUUGUACGUAUUGAACAAAAUGAGUGACAGAGAAUUUGGUUUUGGUAACUUCAAAUUUGUUGCUCCAGAUGAAGUUGUUAAGCCGUUAACCAAGGCGCAGGAGGAAGAGUUGAGAGCUAAUGCUAAGAUAGAAUUCGCAAACAAAACAUUACCCUCCCAACAAAGUGUUUUGUCACUCGAUGAAUAA